AAAGAGAGGGUUGGUUUAUAUAAUGAAUACAAAACUAACUGUGAUUAGCAUAUUUCUAGUUUUAUUCUUUGGUCAAAACUUACCAUGAAUAAUCUACUAAAAUACUAGUUUUUUUGAUAAUUUAAAAGAAAUUCCCCUUUUAGGGGGCAAAACAAAUUGAGGUAGAUCAGUUUUUGUGACACCAAACAGCUGUCGCGACUUCUGUCUCGUUUUCUUUCCACUCUGGCCCUCCUCCUUGUCGUCUCCCUUUGGGCUGUGAAAUGAGGUUAGCAUGUUGUUUCAGUUUCACCUUUUAGUUCUUUGUCUUAGCGUGGGCGGUCGGUCGGUCGGUCGGUUGGUUGGUCGUCUAAAAGGUUUAUUGCCAUGUAAAAUGCAACAACAGAAGAAAUAAUUGCAAAUACAAACUGCAAACUGCAACACCAGGCCAAGAAAUCGAGGUUAUUCGGGGUAAUUGGCACGAAUUUGUUUGCCAACUUGAAAUAUGGUUAGUUUUCUAGGGGUUCAGAGGGCGGUAAGAAAAAAGGGUCCGAAAAUAACAACCCACUUUAAGGCAUAUUAGAAUGCAUAAGUGAUGAGGGUCCGGAAGUAACAGCCCACUUAAAAGUGGAUUAGAAUGCAUAAAUGAUAAGUGUUUUUUGGUUUAAAAGAGAUAUUUUCAGGAUUCUUUUUUAAGAAAUUUCCCCAAAUUUACAUUUUUGUAAGUGCUUAGAUCUGGGUAAUUAAUAGUUCCUACAAUUUCCUAAAGAAAAUUCCUAAAAUAUUUCCCCCACUGCAACCAGUAAAACCUAUUUAUAAUGCUUUACCCUAACCCAACUUCGGAAUGACCUGCUCCCUCUCACCUUAUAUGGCCACAAAUGUGAGAUAUUUAUGCUAAACAAGUCAAUCUUUAUGGCUCCACAUAAAUGCUUUAUCUGGGAACUCAUAAACUGGAAUAGUUCUCGGGCUAGUAGCGCGUGUGCAUUCAUUAUAUGAGAUCCCCCCAUUAAUGCUCAGAUAUUUCAUUUCUGAACCCUCAAGAAAAAAAAACACAUUCUUACAGUUUGGGUUUUAAGCGAUUUGGGCAUUGAAAGAUGCAUCAUAAAACGUGCCUGCCACUGCAUAAAGAUUCCAAAAUAUUGCAGUUGAAAAUAGAAAUUUGUUAUUGAAGUUGUUUAUUUCACUUACUUUCAAUUUUCAUCAUAAUUUUCCAACGAAACGAAACAAGUUGCACAGGGUACAUGUGUAUACGUAAGACAGGGUCUCUGGUUGUUGUUAUUCAGCUGUUUAUUAGACAAGUUUGUUGGUGAAAGUUGUUGUUGUUGUUAAUGUUGCUGCUGCUGCAUUUGCCAUGCUCCAUUGACAAAAUUGUUCAUAGAUCAAUGAGUCUUGCGGUCAAGUUGUUUUGGACUUCUGUGUUCGGGUCUUUGAGGGAUUUGUGCCUUUUGGUUUUAAAUAGAUUUUUUGUUUUCGAAGAAAAUGCUGUAAAAUAUUAGUUUGCUUAAAGAAAAAGAUCUUAAAAAUAAUAAUAUAGCCUCUUUGGCUUUUCCCUUAUGAGAACAAAAGUGUUCUCAUUUCUUAGCUAGAAAAAUAUGUAAGGCAAAUAAAUUCUAAUUUAUUAUGACAAGCCACUUAAACCCAUUUGACAUGAGCAAGUGUGCAGAAUUGUCUUCUUCGCAGACUUAUUUUUCUCUUAAUUUGUAUAAUUCCCGUUUCUGGGCUCUCUCUGAAUCACACAAUUUAUUAUAAACAAUUUAAAAGAAGAUGAAAAAUACAAAUUCAUGACACAUUUCUAGCGAUGGAUUGAAUCAUUGUCUGAGUAUAAAGAGAGAGAUAGAGAGACAGAGCAAAGACUAGAUUAUGCAAUUCUUUCAGUUACGGCAGAAGAAUUGCAUGCACCAACAGUUUUUCCCCUCCAUCUUUCCAUAGCUCUGCUGUUUUUAUCUACACGAAGUUCAUCAAUUCAACUUGGAAAUUAAACUUAGCCAGAAGCCCAGCAGCAGAAGAAGAAGUAACCAAAGUCAGUCGUGUAGAAAGAAGAUGAGACUGUAGUUGGGGAGAAGAAGAGUUGCUGGCAGGGAAAGGCAGGGUUAGAGAAUUGCAAAGACUGUCUUCGUCGGUGCUUCUUUUGUGUUUUGUUUAUCUUUUUGUGCAAGCGCACAUUUCCUGCAUGAAAUACAGAAAAAUUCUUUAUGGUUUUCCACCAUUCUAUGCCUUUGUUUCCAGUCGAUUUCUUGCUCUGCUUUCUGCAUCUCUCUCUCUCUCUCUCUCUCUCUGUCUCUCUGUAUGGUAUCCAUCCCAAUCGAAAUACAAAACCAAAUCUGAAUUCAAAUCCCAAACAAUUACCUUUCAAUUUGUUAAGAAUUGUGCUAAAGGCCAUCGCCAAACAAAAGAAGAAAUAAUCAUUUGCUAAGCUUGUAUUUAUUUUCUUUUCUUUUCCGACUAUUAUUUUUCUGCAUAAUUUUAUUUAACUGCUUGGAGGGAGAAUGAAAAUUCCUUUUGUUAGCUUGGUGAACUUUGCUUUCAGUUCAAGAAACUCAUUUUUGGAGAGCAGAAAAAGAAAUAAAGAAAGAAAUUCGUGGGGGACAAUCUUUGUAAAGAGAUCUGCAGAAGAAUUGUUCUGCUUAUAAUUAUGCAAGGAGAAUUUCUUAAUGGGAUUGUUAUGGGAAGUUGUUGGGAGUUGUUGAAGAUCUUUUAUGAAGAAAUGUUAUUAGAGUUCUGUACUGUAGGUUCGGUAGAAAGGAGAAGGUUGAGGAAGAUUACUCUUUAGUUAUUAAUAACAAAGAAAAAACUAACAAAAAUGUGUAGAAAUAAAAGCAAAAAAUGUAAUACAAAUAUAUCAAUUUUAAAGCCACAACUUUAACCGUGAUAAUUCGACAUAUUUUUAAUAAAAUUAAUUUAACCCAAAGCCAAGCCUUAAAAAUGCCCAGAAAAGUGCCUUAAAACCGAGAGAGAGAUGUAAAAAACAAAGCAACCCAAAAAUAUCUGAUCUAUGUGCCUACAAAACUAAGACAAAACAAAAACCGUCUUCCCACUCAAAUGAAAAAUCACAAAAAAAAAAGAAAGUGCAAAAAUAAAACAAAUACAGCCCCCCAACUAGUGCCACGCCCCAGGAUAACCAUUUAGCCAAAUAAGACAACAAAUUCCCCAAUAAAAAAAACAUCAAAAAAUAAAUAAAAACAAAAAGCAAAUCAUGAGUAGUCAACCUGCCAGCCAGCCCGAUAGCAUUGACUUAGCCUAUGAUAUGUGGGCGGGCCAAUUCGAGUUCGUAGGACCCACAACAAAUCAGCAAAGCAGCAAGAACAACAACAACAAUAGCAAUAGCAGUAAUCUAAACAACAACAAGUGCCGAAUUGGAGCCACACAAAAUCGGAAAUUAUCAACGGAUAGCCUGGAGGAUUUGAAUCUAAGCUUUAAUACGAGCGCCACGCAAAAUCCGUUAAGUAACGCCUACAGUUUGGGAGUCACUAGCAGCGGCGGUGGUGGUAGUGGUAAUGAAUACUGUGGCUUUGGCAAACAUCCGCCCAUACUGAUCGAUCAGGAGACCUUCCUUAGCUUAAAUCCAGCUGACUUUGAGGACAUUGUGCCAUCGAAUUCAGAGCCCAAUUCAUUGGUCUUCAUUGAGAACAAACUUGAGACGAACAACAAUAGCCUCGAAUCGAACAACAACAAUAAUCAUAUCAACAAUAAUAAUAAUAACAAUAAUAAUAAUAAUAGUAAUAAAAUCUACAAUUUGGAGAAUCUGACAAGUAAAUUCAAUAACAAGACCAAUAAUACAAACACAAACGGUUUCAAAUUGGAAAACCUGAAGAAUUUCAAGAACAAACUACUCUGUGAUUUCGAGGAUACCAACGGCAGUGGUGGAGGUGUUAGUGGUGGUGCCGUCGGCAGUGGAGGAUCAGGACCUGUUGGCAUGAUGAGUGGUGCACUCAGUGCCGAGAUUUGCGAUAAUCUCAAUGAGCAACUGGAACUGCUGCAGCGCAAGGUGGAUGAUCUGUCAGAUACUCAGAAUAUAGCUGAAGAUAGGACAACCCGCACCAAGACCGAAUAUGCAGUUCUCCAGGCGCGAUAUCACAUGCUCGAAGAGCAGUACCGAGAGUCGGAACUGCGUGCCGAAGAGCGUUUGGCCGAGGAGCAGAAGCGACAUCGCGAGAUCCUGGCCCGCGUGGAGCGCGAAGCUUCGCUGCAGAACGAGAACUGCCAGAUGAAGAUCCGUGCCACCGAAAUUGAGGCAUCGGCACUGCGCGAAGAAGCCACUCGAUUGCGAGUCUUGUGCGAUAAGCAGGCCAAUGACUUGCAUCGCACCGAGGAGCAAUUGGAACUAGCCAAAGACCAGAUCGGUGUCCUGCAGCAGGAGCAAGAAGAGCAGACACAAGCUCUGCGCCGUCACGAGCAGGAAAAGAAAUCCGCCGAGGAGUUAAUGAUGGAGUUAAGUCGUGAACUGCAGCGUGCCCGCGAGGAGAGUGGAGCCCGGGCUAUGCCAACAACAUCACCGGAGAGCAUAAGACUGGAGGAGCUGCAUCAGGAGCUCGAAGAGAUGCGCCAGAAGAAUCGAUCCCUCGAAGAGCAAAACGAGGAGUUGCAGGCCACCAUGCUGACCAACCAGGCCACCAUGUUGACGAAUGGCGUGGAGCAGGGUCGCCAUCUGCUGAAUGGAACCCUCAACAGUUUGGCCCAAGAGCUGGAGGAGAUGUCACAAGCCCAGGAUUCUGUGGAUUCAGCCACAUUAGCAUCCUUAAGUCAGCUGCAACAGGCCUUCCAGGAAAAGGAGGACGAAAAUGCUCGGCUCAAGCACUACAUUGAUAGCAUUCUACUCAACAUCGUGGAGAACUAUCCUCAGCUGCUGGAGGUCAAGCCCAUGGAACGGAAGUAGAGCAGCAGCAGCAGGAGCAGCAGCAGCAGCCAAUCUGGAAGAACAAACCAAUCCCCUGGUACUCGAUGGGAGUGCCACAACCACCUAACAUUAACUAAAAAGAAUAAACUAACUAAACCAUAUGUUUUAAGCUACACUCUAUAUACAUGUAUUUAUGCCUAACCUUAAGUCGUAAUUUAUUUUAUAACAAUUUAAUGUAGUUUUUUAAAACCAAAACAACACAGAGAACACAAAGAUUGCAUGUCAAAAUAAUGAUGAUGAGAAGAAAAAAAAAGUCCUUAAUUCGAUUAGAAAAUUUGUUUUUGUAUAAAGAGUUUCUAAAAAUGUGUAAAAGUUGAAUUUCCUUCGUUUCUAGUUCUGAGUUUUUGUAUAGUGCGUGUUGUUGAUCCCUAAAGAUAUUAAUUAUAAAUAAUGUUUAGAACUUAAGUCGUAAAAACUCGUUUACUUAUUAAUGAAAUGGAGCCCAAUAUGUUAAUGCUAAUUGCUGGAAAAUCUGAAUGCGAAUGUGUAUAGCUUGGAUGUGAAGUGGUUAAUGUUUGAUAGCAGAUAUUUUCCGAAUUUUGUUAAGGCAGCUAAGAAGAUUUUUGCUAGGAAAAAGUUUUCCAUAUUUCCAACUACUUCCUCUCUACUUCUUGUAAACUAUUUCUAACACUUUCUAUAUCUUUAUCUGCACUCUCAGAGAAGAUCUUGCUUAGUUUGCCUCUCUAAAGUAGUUACAAACAAAAAAAAAUCUAUCAAAAAAUUUGCGUUUAUGGUAUGGACAAUCCCAGAAUACGAAGACGAAGUUUUAGUUUGAUUGUGGAUCUAAACGAAAGCAAUUAUCACUAUAUAUCAUAACCCACAAACAUACAUAUGUCGAUGUAUAGCACAGUUAAAACGUAAUCUUACUCUGCAUAUAUAACCCAACAUGAAAUGGACAUAAUGUGCAACAACAUUUAGGGAUGGGCCAUGAUAGCUCCAAAAACGAAAGCGAUCCCUAAUAGUCUAAGCUAAAGGAAAAACUCAAGCGGUCAACCCUAAAAUAGUUAUUAUAUAAUAUUCAAGAAAACUCAAGAAUCGAUAUGAAAUCGUUAAUCAAAAUGUAAUUGCCUUAAACGGAAGUUUUUAAAGUGUUUUUAAGGCCUAGUUAACUCUAAUAAAAAAGUCCAUAAAGUAUGUUUUAUGACUAUGACUACUGAGUAAUAUGGAAUUUUAAAUGUAAUUUACCAGAUGCAAGUCACAGAACUUAAAUCAAAAUAAAACGAAGAAUAUUUUAUAAACAAAAAAA